UUCACGUAACUUCCAAUAAUCUAUUGUCACACACACGAAGUAGCCGUACUGAAUCCACGUGGAAAUUAAUGUAUCGAUUUAUCACUCGGGAGUAAACAAAGCUUCAAAAUUGUCCAAUGAUAUUGCAUCUGAAAUAGUCUCGAGCUCUUUGUGCUCGGGGUAAAAAAAUCCGAAUGAGCCGGAAAAUCGUAAUUUUGACAGGUGGAAAAGAGCUAUGAAAAUCUUGAUCCGUUAAAAUUGGUCACUGCAACGAAUAUUUUUACACCUCAACUUCGUGCCUAAAACCGUUCUCCGAGGACAUACAAAAAUUGCUUUAACGAUUGCUCGAAUUUUUAUGUGAAGUCGAAAAAUAUCAGAAAACAAUGCCUCUCGAGGACAGCGACAUUGAAUAUAUAAAAAAGCAGUACCUUUGCUGUGCUCCUAUCAACAAAUUUAAUUUUACGAAAUCCAAAAAAGAAUUGACUGAGCCGAUAGAAUACGAGUCGCAAAUAAAAAUAUUCGAAAACACAAUAGAAGACAGUAACUCUUUAAAAUAUCCAUCAAGAUUGACGUACCGGAUAGCUUUUCUUCGAGCUUUAAUGGAAAAGUCUGAAAAAGAUGGCGAAGAAAUUUAUGCCAAAUUGUAUGAAACAUUGACCAGUUACAUGAUGCUAAACGAUGAUGCAGACACAACGCAUUAUCGUCAAUUCUUGAUUAAACAUGGGGAUAGCACAGAACGCAUAAUUUUGCAGGAGAGUAAAAAUUUGAUAUCUGACGGAACUACUGGAUUAUGCACUUGGCAGGCUGCUUUUGCACUAGCCGAAUGGUGCAGCGUACACAAAUCAAAAUUAGAGAAUAAGAUCAUCCUGGAGUUAGGCUCAGGCGUGGGUUUAACUGGGAUCACAGUAAUUCUAUUAUCAUCACCAAAACGUUACACAUUCACGGACUGUCAUUCGGGAGUUUUGGACACGAUUGUUAAAAACGUACGACUGAAUUUGGUUAAAAGCGAUAAAACAAUUGCUGAGGAUUUGCGUACGGUUGAGUGGAACGAGGAAUCGUACAAAAUAAACUUUGGAAUAACCGACGUGAGAAUAAAGCGUUUAUUGUGGUCGUCUAUAAGCGAGAACGACAUCGAAGCGAGCUGGACGAAUCCGGAAGUUGUACUGGCCGCUGACGUCGUUUACGACGAAAGUACAUUCGACGAACUGAUCGAAGCUUUCAGAGUUUUCAUUAAGAGAACUAACGCCCUAGUUAUCGUCGCGACAACAGUGAGAAACGAAGAGACUCUGUCAACCUUUUUCAACAAAUUAGCUGCACACGGAUUAUCAUUCGACGACGAAACGGUUCCGAAGCCAGAUUUAUUCCUGCAGUUCGACGAGACUCCCGUACGAAUAUUGAAAAUUUACAACAAAGAUUAGUACCUUCCCUUUUGUAUCUCAAAAUAAUGUAUUAGCUCAUUCGUUUUUUUACCAUAUUUUUGUACUCAAAUAUAAUCCGCCGUAAAUACCAAGAAGAAGAACAAAACGACAUGGUUUAUUGUCAAUCUAUAUUUAUUAACUACAAACGUACAUGAUAAAAUGAUUUUUCGUUUAAUAUAAAUAUAACAAUAUAAUGAA